AUGUUCAAGGACAGCGGACGCGACGCUCGCGCGAGUUUAAACAGAGACCGUGUACAAAGCGACGGUGAUACACUGAACGAGCGUCUCGAGAGAACAAACGCUAUAUCGCAGAGAAUCCGCUCAAGCGGCUACACGUUAACCGAGAUUUGGGAGUGCGCGUAUGACCGGAUGAUAAAAACAGAUUUAGAGAUGAGCGCUUUUGUGAGUGAUCACCCUCUGGUUCGAGCGGAGCCUCUCAAUCCGCGCGAUGCUUUUUUCGGUGGUCGCACGGAAAACAUGGUCACUCUGUACGACGUGAAAGAGCAGAUACGAUAUGUUGACGUUUGCUCUUUGUACCCAUACAUCUGCAAGUACGGCAAAUAUCCGGUGGGCCAUCCAACGGUAUACGUCGGCGACGAGUGCAGGGCGCUGACAGGUCCCGAAAAUAAUAUCAGUCUUUCCCGCGUCGAGGGCCUUGUUAAAUGUACAGUGCUUCCACCGCAAAAUCUUUAUCAUCCGGUGCUGCCGGUGCGAAUGCAUCAGCGCCUGUUAUUCGGGUUAUGUCGUAGCUGCUGCGAAACAAUGAACCAGGACGCGUGUCCUCAUGAAGACCCCGCGGAGCGUGUGUUUAGCGGUACUUGGGUAGUGGAUGAAUUGCGAAAAGCUAUUGCGUGCGGGUAUAAAAUAUUAACCGUGAGCGAGAUUUGGCAGUAUAAGAUAACGCAGUACAACCGCGAUACACAGAAGGGGGGCCUUUUCACCGGGUACAUAAACACUUUUCUUAAAAUCAAACAAGAGGCUAGCGGUUGGCCCGAGGGUUAUGCAGAUGACGAGGCUGCCCAAGAGCGUUAUAUAACUGCUUUUAAGACAGCCGAAGGGGUUCAGCUGGAGCGGGGUGCGGUAGCGAAAAACCCGGGGCUGCGCUCGGUAGCCAAACUUUGUCUUAACUCCUUUUGGGGUAAAUUUGGACAACGCGAAAAUUUACCACAAACAGAAAUAGUGUCGACACGCGAAAAACUUAUGGAGCUGCUAAAUAGCCCCGAGCACGAGAUCACUGGUAUGCUACCUGUUAACAACCAGGUGCUGUAUGUUAAUUAUACGAAAACCAAUGAUGCUGUAAUACCGUCUAAUAUAGCAAAUACUGUCAUAGCUGCAUACACCACAGCCCAAGCCCGUUUAAAACUUUACACCUAUCUCGAACCGCUGGGUAAGCGUGCUCUGUACUGCGACACCGAUUCCGUUAUUUAUGUCACGAGAAAAGAGCCUGGAGAGUAUGAACCGCCAACGGGUCAAUUGCUAGGGGAUUUAACCGACGAGCUAAGCUCUUACGGCGAGGGUAGUUACAUUAAGUCUUUCAUCUCAGGCGGCCCUAAAUUUUAUUCUUUCAUAGUUAAUACGCCGAGCGGCGCGGAAAGCGAGGUUUGCAAGGUUAAAGGCAUAACGCUGAAUUACGCAAACAGCUCGCUGAUAAAUUACGAAUCAAUACGGUCAUUUAUAAUAGGUUGUCACAUGACCCGAAAAGAAAUCGUGCAUGCCUCUGAGCGUCAAGCGAAGACGUGA